AUGGAGCAAUCGAAUGGAAAGCAUGGAAAAGCACUUAUGUGGGUUCUGGCAUCACCAUAUAAGGAAAAGGGCUUUAGAGCUCAGAAAGGACGGUUGGCACACAGUCGCAACUACAAGAUGGAUUUCAACACUGGUAAUUGUGCUGAAGAAUUUGAAAUACCAUUGUAUGACCUAUCUACCAUAUCAAAGGCUGCCAAUAACUUUUCAAUAGACAGAAAUAUUGGAGAGUGGGGCUUUGGACCUGUUUACAAGGGCAUACUUGAAGGACAGGAAGUAGCUGUGAAGCGUCUGUCUAGAACUUCCACACAAGGAGAAACUGAGUUCAAGAAUGAAGUGGUAUAUAUUGCCAAACUUCAGUAUAGGAAUCUGGUGAGAAUUCUUGGCUGCUGCAUUGAAGGGGAAGAAAAAAUGUUGAUCUAUGAGUACUUGCCAAAUGGUAGUCUUGAUUCAUUUAUAUUUGAUGACACACAAAGCAAGGUAUUAGACUGGACCAGGCGAUUUCACAUUAUCAAUGGUAUAGCGCGGGGACUUAUGUAUCUGCAUCAAGAUUCUCAGUUGAGAAUAAUACACAGAGACCUGAAAGCUAACAAUUUUCUGCUAGACAAGGACAUGAAUCCAAAGAUAUCAGACUUCGGCUUGGCAAACAUAUGUGAAGAGGGUAACCUUGGAGCCAUGACAAACCGAGUUGUUGGAACAUACGGGUACCUCUCACCGGAAUAUGCAUUGCACGGGCUAUUCUCAGUAAAAUCGGAUGUAUUUAGUUUUGCUAUCAUAGUACUGGAAAUUGUGAGUGGGAAAAGCAAACUGGAAAUUGUGAGUGGGAAAAGCAACAGAAGAUUCUCUCAUCCAGAUCAUUACCUUAACCUACUCGGACAUGUAUGAUUUUUCAUUUGCUGUACUAUACCUACUCGUUCAUGUUAUCUGCUAAUACCAAAAAUCUUGCAAAGCUA